AUAAAUGUUUCUACAGCAGUCGUAUGGAUAUUGGAGGUAAAUGUUUCUACAGCAGUCGCAUGGAUAUUGGAGGUAAAGCCAAAAGCAGAGCGUAUGAUCCGGCUAUCAAUAACCCGCCGAGUACCGAAAUUAAGCAGGCCUAUAUAAACGGAAAGGAAUCCCUCAUUCUUCCGUCUCUGGAAAAAUUAGGGUUUUUGCCUCUCUUAUCGCCGCCAAGCUCUUUUCUCCGGUCGCCGUCAGCCUUCGUCUACAGAAUGGAUUCUCAGAUUAAGCACGCUGUGGUGGUUAAGGUCAUGGGUAGGACGGGUUCAAGGGGUCAGGUCACUCAGGUUCGAGUCAAGUUCACUGAUUCUGAUCGUUACAUCAUGAGGAAUGUUAAAGGACCAGUGAGGGAAGGUGAUAUCUUAACCUUGCUAGAGUCUGAGAGAGAAGCCAGAAGACUCCGUUGAUUCUUCUUCUUCCUGCUACUCUACAAAGCGGAAUCAAGAAAACAUUUUGGCUAUUUGUCUUUUGCUUUCUCUGAUUGGAUUAGUGAUUAUGCUUUUGAGUAUGAAUUUUGUUGUUGCAAUUUAAGACAAUUGCUGGAUUUUUAAGUGUUCCUGGUUGUUUGUUAUUCCAAAUCUGUUACCUUUUCUCGAUUUGGUCAGAAAUGUGAUAAGACAUUGAUCACUCA